AUGCAUAAGUUGAGAUCACUCGACAUCGCCCAUGUCACAGUCCGCGUCUGGACGAAUUUGUGCUCGCAUGUGGUCGUCAGCGCCGGGGACCCACAUCGCGCGUUCACCGAAGUCAGCUAUAAGAAGUGGUUUCAGUUGACGUUGAGAGAUCGGGACUUCCGGGAGCGACUUGGGCGCGAGACGGCCUGGCUAGUAUAA